AUGCCGUCCCGGAAGGGCAGUCCCAAGGUCAAGACGGGCUGUCGGACAUGCAAGGCUCGAAAGGUGAAGUGCGAUGAGACCAAGCCCAAGUGCAAGCGGUGCAUAACGAGCGGCCGGCAGUGCGCCGGCUACGAGCCGGCGCUCGAACAUGGCCUGUCGUGGUACCGCCCCCAGCAAUUGACCGCCCACGACCAGCGCGAGGGUAGGGCGUUCCAGUUCUUCUCCCACAUGGUCGGGCCCGUCCUCUCCGGGCCCAUGGACGCCUACUUCUGGACCCAUCUGGUCGUGCAGUUCAGCCACUUCGAGCCCGCCGUGCGCCACGCCGUCUUGGCCAUCAGCUCGCUAUACGAAGACUUCCACGACGGCGCCCGCGUCACGCGACAGAAGCCCGGCAACGACUUCGCGCUGAGGCACUACGGUGCGGCCAUCCAGCGCAUCAAGUCGGCUGAGGACGAGCAGCUCGUGCUGCUGGUGUGCAUCCUCUUCAUCUGCGUCGAGUACCUCCAGGGCGACGUCGAGGCCGCCCUGCGGCAUUGCAAGCACGGCAUUGUGAUCCUCAACCGCGUGGGAUGCUCGUCCUGGGCUCGCGAACACAUCUUGCCCAUCUUCCGCCGCCUGAGUUUCGUGUCCUUCUACCUCGGCGCGAAGCCGCCGCCGGACGCGGCAGUACCGGGCCUGAUCGGAUUCGAAGUCCCGCUGCCCCCGGAGUUCGAGAGCGUCGCCGAGGCGCAGAGCGCCAUCGACGACCUGACUAUGCACAUGAUCGAGUACGUCUCGUCCGUCGACCGUUCCGCCUCUGACCGACAGGAGCUUGAGACGAGACUGCAGGAGUUCCACGCGAAGCUGAGCCGGUUCGACGCUACCAUACCGCCGUCCGACUCCUCGACGAAAAUCGCCAUCUGCAACAUGAUGAUGAAGUUCGAGAUGGCACGGAUACAGAUCGACACCAUACACGGCACGGCGGAAACGAGGUUCGACGAGCACACCGAGUCCUUCCGCAGGAUCAUGGCGCUCGGGCGCCGCGCCUCGCAGCUGAGGAAAGCGUUUCCCGACGAGCGGCCACAGGCUUGCUUCACCUUCGAGGCCGGAUUCCUGUCGUCGCUGGGGUUCAUCUCGAUCAAGUGCCGCGACCUACAAUUGCGGCUGGAGGCGCUGGCGCUCAUGGCCGACCUCCCCGCGCCCAAGGAGGGUUUUGUCGACGUCGGCACGCUGUACAGGGUCGGCCGGCUCGGCAUCGAGAUCGAGCACGGCGUCUCGCUCGCGGACGGCGAGAUAAAGAGGGACCCGGCCGCGCUCGCGGCGUUGUCAUUUCCGCCGGAGGAGAAGCGGUUCUUCGCGGCCCCCAUCGACCACGAGCUGGACGUGAUCAAGAACGAGGACGGCUCGGUCACGUAUCGACGGACCGUGUCGUUCCUCCGGCGCGACGCCGACGGCAACGUACACGCGCGGCAGGAGUAUCUCACGGACGAUCUGCCGGGGGCGGUUUCGUCUCAAGUGCCGUGUAUGAGAUGCUCUAAGCCUAUGUAA